CACACACUGGCUGCUGCCCUAUAUAGUCUGCAGUAACAGGCCGCUAAGCAGCAUGAUCAUCGCGUGUUCAACACUUCUCCAUUUUGAACCGGCUCUGCCCUUAUGAGAUACUAAGAGUGCCUGAUUGCCAGACAUCCCCCUAGCAAUCAAAGCACUGCCACAAUCGACUGGCGGCCCUGUUUCCCUCCCUGACUUGCAGGACUGCCUGAACCCGGUAUCGGGCGCUGCCGAGGUAUAAAGCCCAGCACAUCUGUGGCUCAAGAAGUCCAUCAAUCUCCUCAUCCUUGAGCAAGAAAAGCUUUCAUUAUACAACCCUAUCUGUACUCUAUCCGUCCACGACCACAACCUUACUCAUUAUCUAUUCCUACUAUCUUCGCAAAGAUGCCUAACAUUAGCAACAUGACCCCAUCUCCAAAACAAAGGAACCGUUUUAUUUCUACCAUCCGUCGCACCCUGAGGACUAAUCCCCAGCCUGCUAGUCCUACCACUCCCCCAUUUGGCAAACAAAAGACCCCUUUCGCCACUUCAAUCGAACCCCGAGCCUCGCACGCCUCCUCGUCUCCAUCAAGUUCAGGCUCUAGUGACGUAUCCACCCCUUCUCCAUCCAACAGCUCUUCCCAGCCAACCCCGCAGCAACGACGGUAUGCAGCAGUGUUCUCGAAAAUCACCUUCAGCACCGCUGAGUUCAUCGAGGACAGAUAUAUCUAUUCUCAAAGCCCUGAGAAGCCUGAGGACCCGCUGAGCUUGGCAACAGAAGAGCUUGUCCCUUGUCCAUCCUUCUUCGCGAUUCCUGCAACCAGACAACCGUCCGUGAUAGACCAGCCUGCGGUCCGGCUUGAUCAGACCUCAAACCCCACCGAGCACCGCAUCAGCUUCGCUGGGCUCUCCGAUCUUUCCACUCCAACCUCGCCGCUCCGCUCGUGCUUCCAGGAAGUGUUUGAUCUGAUUGAAGCCGGACUGGCGGAUAAUCCAUUUGAUCUUAUUGGAGCCGAAAUUUCAGAUGAACCCUUCAAUCUUCUCGGCGUCGGAAGGUUGACUGAACCCUUAGACUUUCCUCGAGCCACCAUCCGGCAUAGGUCUAUCGAAGCCGACACCCCGGUGAUCCGGUUGGACAUUCCCGCAGUGGGGACCUCGCCAGAAUCCCUUGAACUUCAGGAAUCAUUUGAUCUCCCUGGAAUUGGCGCGUCGGAGAAAUCUUUUGAUCUCCCUGGGCUCGGCAUGCCGGAAGAGUCCGAUUCUCUUGGGCUCGACACGUCGGAAGACUCUUUUGAUCUUUCUGGGGUCGCCACGCCAGACGAGUCUUUCGAUCAUCAAGAAGCUAGCAUGCCCAUUGAACAAGGUGGCGUGACUGAGCACAAGGCUGAGACGGUCCCUUCGGUCGAUAACUCCAUCCAAAGCUUUUUGUAUUCGUUGUCGGCCUCUCUGCGCAGCGACCCGACCGAGUUUUCUCCCCGGAUCUCCGAGUGGGAUCAAGAAUCAAACGGGUUCUCGUGGCUCAAUUUGGACGACGAACACGACUUGAACCAACCGGAGUCGCUCUCCGAGCUCGGUAACUCCAGGGGCCGACACACCGAGUACCUCUCUCGACCUACGUUUUUGAAACGCUCCCCUGCCAGAGUCAAAAAACUAUCUUCCAAACAAAAAAAAUAAGUUUUUCUCCCAUCUUUCCUACAAAAAUUAUCAGUUAAGUCAGCAUUAUGGAGAACACCUGUAAGGCUAUAAAAAAAGGACACUUUGUGCUUUGUGAUGAAAUCGCUCUUUCCAGAAAACCUCGAUCCUAGUUAGUUAAUUUGUAGCUGUAUCCUUAGUAUUAGUAUUAGUAUCAGUCUCCUAUGUAUCUCGGUCAAGUUUUCGUAAUAUUUAUCUCAGUCUGUCGUCAUCCGGCUACCUCUUCAUCCCAUUAUUUUUAUCAUAUCAGUUAAGGAAUCUUCAUUUCAUUUCAACAUCAACAAAAGUAUAUAAAAAUGCACACUGGCUUCACCCUCCUAUUUCCAUCUCUUCCCAUCUCUAUGGUUGAUUGACAUUUUUUUAUUUGUAUUGGUAGUCCACAAAUUUUCUGGUCUAUUUUACCUUGAAGUAUCAGUGAACAGCAAUCAUUAAACCCC